GCUAGUAAUACUUGCUUUUGGGCUAUGAGGCUAUGACGAGCUUUCCGGCUGGUGUUCGGCGCAGACGACAUAAUCAAACCCAAACGAGUGCUUCUGGUCGUUGCUGUAAAGCUCUCGUGUCUCUUGGGACAAUUGGUCGAGAUACUUCGCCAUUUUAUCGGCCAGUUGCGUAUCGAGAAAGAAGGGCAAUUUGUCCCUCAGCACUUGGAUCUACAACCAAAGUCAAGAAGAAAGUGGAGAAUUUGCCAUGAGCUAACUUGAAGACGAACCUGACGCUCGACUUGUCGAGCCGAAUAGAAAUUGGGCCAUUGUUUGCUCGCGUCAAUACGACAUUUGACCUUUUGUAGUUGCCGAUGAACCCAAUCCUGCGGAUACUCACGGUAGCAUCGAUGGCCAGCGAGAAGAAUACACGCAUCUCGGACUCUCGCAACUUGUUGGAGGAGCUCGGUCGCCUUGGAUGUCGCCUCGCUGUUCGAGAACGGUUCAAGUCCGACAAUGUACAGCCAUCCGCGCGGCUUGAGGUGCUGAACGAGGCGAGAUAAGAUUCGAUCUUGAAAAUAAGGUGCGAAUCCGUCGCCGUCGAUUGCCCCGAUGAGGUAGUCGGCGACAAUGACAUCGGCUUGAAAGUUGCUGAGAAAUGUCGAAUCGGCCCAAUUCCCAGUGAGUAUCUCAUCUUGGGGCCGCAGCUUAUCCUUGAAUUGUUGCCGUAAGGGCUCGGCCUCACUGUCACUCCCUGUGACGGCGACAAGCUUCGUAGUUUUCUUCUGCUGCGCCACAAGCCACGUCAGAGAUUGCAGCCCAGUGCCAGCGUCAAGAACUACUCCCCAGCUUGCUGCAUCCGAGCGGCCGCGUUGUUUAAGUGACGUGUCUAGAUGCUGAGCAAUGAAUUGGAGCAAGAGAUCCCCCGGCUCUUGUGAAGACGAUGCUGUGUUGCCUGCCGUCUCCCCUUUGUGACAAAACGCAGACAUGCAACAUGAAGGCGUGGCUGAUGUUGGUAGCUGACUGUGCUGGCAUACCAUCCUGCGUGUAUCCGCCGGCCUCUUUCGAAGGCUUCUCUGCUGCGGUAUACACACACACAUACAUAUACAGAUAUACAUACAGACAGACAGACAGACAUUCACAAGAGGGUGGGAAGUGUCUUUGACCGUUUUCAAGUUGAGUGGUGUUCAUGUGAGCCAUGGCGGCUUCAGCGAAGGAAUAAGGAAUGUCGCAGACUGCCAGGCACAUGAAUAACAUUGGUCUCUAUCAGAGGAGCAUAUGUAUGUGCGUGUGGACUUGAUCACCCACCAUUCUGGUCGGCGCACAGCUUAUCAAAACUGGUUGCGGCUGUGCGGAUCAGCCGGGCGGCGGCAGUGUUCAGUUCGUGGGCCGCAGUAAGGGUGGCCAUGGUGUGGUUGAGCUGCAGCUGCACCGAUGAAAUCUGCUGGGCACCUGCCGACACACAUGUACCACAUCAAUUGAAUGUGGGAUGAAAGGGUAGUCUAAGAUGUGGGGGCGGUCACCUACCGAGCUCAUGAGCGGCCAUCGACAUCUCUACGGCCAUACAUCACAGAAAACAGCCAUACAAAUGCACACAAUGUAGGCAGAUUUGCCAUGAUGCAUGGUCGGCUCGGUGUGUGUGCCCCGCUGUGGCUUACGUCGGUCAUAGUUGCGCUGGGCCGCCAGGAGGGGCUGCCCGAUGGCGGAGAGGCCACCCAACAGGACGGCAGCGAAGUUGAAGCGACGCAUCGAACGUCGAAAACGAUGUGUGCGUGCACUCGGGCCACUUGGAGCUGUUGGACAGACGCAGAGACUACAGAUGGGGAUGACUCGGGCUCGCG